GCUAGUGAAACUUCCGAGAUAUUUGUAAAAGUGUCUAUUUGAAGCGGUUGAUCGAGAUCUGUGUGAGUGUCAUUUUGAGGAACUGACAGAGCCGUUGAACGAUGUCUGACAGGAAGAGAAGUGGGGAUCUGGACAGUUCAUCUGACCGAGAGAAUUACGUAAGUGGUCAGUUCAUAUACUCUUCGGACACUACAACCAGACCUGCUUUGUCGGACAGGCCGUUGCAGGAUGGUUCCAACCAAUCCUGGACCUAUUCUAUAGACAAUGUAAUAAGGAGAUCAGAUUCCGACCGACCAAGCUUCCAGAAGAUGAAGACGACAAACCUCUAUAUGAGACCUCCUGUAAGAAACGGGGGCAGAGAUGUCCUUCGGAGACGCCGCAUCGCCGCCAAUGCACGUGAACGACGACGAAUGCAGAGUCUCAACGUCGCCUUCGACGAACUCCGGGAUGUCAUACCGGCAUUUAGUGACGACAGAAAGUUGUCCAAAUAUGAAACCCUUCAAAUGGCACAGACAUACAUUGCAGCUCUGCAGGAGUUGCUGGACAAAGACUGAAGACAAUCUCACAAGGGACCACGGAAGAAGAUUUUUGAAGAAAUCACAAAGACCAAUGGACUUUCAGAAUCAUACAGAAUUUAAGGAUUUAGUCACAUCUGAGUGGGAUAUGUGACAAGGCCAUUGUGCAUUGAACAAAUGACAUUAACUGUCUAUUGAUGACAAUGGGACUUAUCUUACUCUUGCUAGUGCAAUUUGUACUAUAGCUUUAACAGUGUAAUCAUGUGUACAUAGUUUAAUCGUGCCGGAUUUGUUGAUGGAAAUGAGAUAUCGUUAUUAUCUCCUGUAGCUAUUUCUGACAAUGGAGCCGUCAUAUUGUCAACAGUGAUUCAGAAGCCAGGUAAACAAUGACUCACCUUCCCAAAUGGUUUGCAUGACAUGGCUAUAUGCAACAUAAACAAUAAUAUAUUACUUGCCUCGGUAAUAUUGGUAUAUUUUAUAUGUGACUUUAUUGUACAUGUUCCGAUGGAUCUUCCAGCGAUAUUGUUCGGCUUUUGGAACAAUUGCUAAUUAUUUUGUAACGACUGAAAAUAAAAUAUUUAUU